UUCCCCCCGCCCCUUCCUUGCAGUGUGAAUGGAAUCCUGCAGAAGAGUGAUGGCUUUAAAGUGCUCCUCAGAGCUGCUGCUGCUGUCAGUGCUCUGUGGGAGCUUUCUGUGACACCGUUUCUUCAGACGUGGAGGUUUAGAAGCAGAAUGAAGCGAAGCCACAACUACAGCUCRUCAGACAGUGACCUGGACGAUAAUGUGGAGGUAGAAAAGGACAGUGGCGACGAAAAUGGUCAACUCGACUCUCAAGAAUCAAUGUCUCCCACCACAACCACACAGGUUCAAGCCAGAAAAAGGCGCAGAGGGAUCAUCGAAAAACGGAGACGAGACCGGAUCAAUAACAGUCUUUCUGAGCUGAGAAGACUGGUGCCAAGUGCUUUUGAGAAACAGGGUUCAGCUAAACUGGAAAAAGCUGAAAUUUUGCAAAUGACAGUGGACCAUUUAAAGAUGCUUCAUGCUUCAGGUGGAAAAGGUUACUUCGAGGCUCACGCUCUCGCCAAGGAUUACCGCAGCUUCGGUUUCAGGGAGUGCCUGGCAGAGACGGCCCGAUACCUGAGCGUGGUCGAGGGCCGGGACAGCGCAGACUCCCUGUGGGGGUGCUUGGUGUCCCACCUGAGCACCUAUGCCUCUCAGAGGGACGUGCACACCGGGCUGGAGCAUUUAGCCUGGGGCUCUAAUUAUGGGACCACCCCCCAUCUCCCACACCACCUCCUUCUGCAGCACCCUCAGGGCCGGACACCUGCGCCCAGAACCAACAGCAGCCCAACCUCCUCGUCCUCCUCCUCUUCUACAUCCUCCUCGACCACCGAGGCAUCCGGGACAUCCAGACUCGGUGUCCUGACCCCGACAGAGUCCCUCAAGGUGGCCCCCGGUGGCUCGCUGCCCCUCGGUCUGCCUGUGCCGUCCUCCAAGCUUUCGCCGCCGCUCGUSUCGUCUCUGUCCUCGCUUUCGGCCUUCCCCCUCUCCUUCGGCGCGUUCCCCCUCAUCUCCCCGGCAGGCGUCGGCGCAGCGAGUCCCUCCUCCACCGUGUCGAAGCCUUACAGGCCCUGGGGUCUGGAGAUCGGAGCCUUCUGACGCCGAGCGUGGACCGCUGGGAACAGCUGAGCUGUGCCCAUCCCGUCAGACAGAACAGGCAGGACUACUUUGUUUUGUUGAGAAGUAGAAAGACAACAGAGUGAAACAAAACUAUUUGAAAUUAUGUUUUUUUUUAAAUAAGUGGGGAAAAGUUGCAGGAGGCAACAGCCUUUCUGUACAACAUUUACAUUAAAAAAGAGUUAUUUUUA